GCAGCGGAGCAAACACCAGAAACACGGUCCCAACCAGGGACAGACAGGGUCCAGCACGUCCCCCUGUCCGAACCGAACCUCCUCUUGAUCCACUCCACGGCAAAAGAGGCAAAGCGACGCGUUUCAAAGCGCACCAGCUCCGUUUGGCUCCUGGAGUGGGAACUUUACGGCUCCUCGGAGUCACAGCAGCAGCUCCUGGAGCAUGAAGCCGGUUAGAGAGCAGAGCAUCCAUCCAGAAGCCCUCUGACUCCGUCCACACGCUUCUUUUAGCCUGAUUCCUGUAAAACCUGCAUUUGUUCUCUUGUUUUAUCGGACUGUGGGGUUUCUCUGGUUGGUUGCGCCAAAAAACGCGUAAAACUUUGUUGAAAUAGCAUCAGAGAUUAUUGGAUAUUGCCAGAGAUAAGAGAAGGAUUGGAAGUGGAGACAGAGAGGUGGAUGUAUCUCCAGCCAUGGAUGUAACAGUUUACCCGCCUCCUCCUCAGCCUCUGGCCGCCUCAGAGCACCCCAGGCUGGGCCAGCUCUCCUACCCGGACCCGGCCUUUGGGACCAGCAAGCUGGACGGAGACUCCAUGUUCCUGAACCUACCAGAGACAGACUUCUCCUCCAAUCAGUUCCGUGUGCCGCAGCCCCCCCACCCCCACCAGCCCCUCCCCCUCAGCAAGGUGACGCCCAAUCAGCAGCCCUGGAGGAGAGACACACACCUGCCCUGGUCGUACCAGGUCGGCGGUUUGAGCGACGAGGACUUCAACAUCCCCCCCAUCACGCCCCCCACCCUGCCGGACCACAUGCUGCCCCCCCACCUCCCCCACGACUCCCGCCCCGGACCCUACCACCCUCUGGAGCCCCCCCCCAGCUCCUACCAGCUGCAGGGCCUGGACCUGGACCGAGGGGCUCUGAUGAACCAGGACCGAGGGGCUCUGAUGAACCAGGACCGAGGGGCUCUGGUGAACCAGGACCGAGGGGCUCUGAUGAACCAGGACCGAGGGGCUCUGAUGAACCAGGACCGAGGGGCUCUGGUGAACCAGGACGGGGGCACCUUCAGUCCAGACGGCGGCCCGAUGACCAGCACGCUGUCCGUGAUGCAGCAGAUGGUGAACUCUGACUCCCGGUUCACCAGCAGCCAGCAGCCAAUCGAAGCCGCGCUGGGACCCAGGAGCCAAUCAGGCGUGAGCCAGCAGAGUCAGCUGUCCACCAUCAACCAAUCACAGCUGGGGCUGAGCGGGAACGCCGUUCAUCAUUCUCCUUCUCCUCCGGGGAGUAAAUCUGCCACGCCGUCGCCGUCCAGCUCCGCCCACGAGGACGACAACGACGACACACUCAGGCUGGGAGGUGUAGCAGAGAAGAGGCCAGCCUCAGUGGACAUCUCUAAGAAACCGAAGACACCAAAGAAGAAGAAGCGUAAGGACCCCAACGAGCCGGUGAAGCCGGUUUCAGCGUACGCUCUGUUCUUCAGGGACACGCAGGCCAACAUCAAGGCCCAGAACCCCAACGCCACCUUCGGGGAGGUGUCCAAGAUCGUGGCGUCCAUGUGGGACGGCCUGGGGGACGAGCAGAAGCAGGAGUACAAGAAGAGGACGGAGACGGCCAAGAAGGAAUAUCUGAAACAGCUGGCAGCCUACAGAGCCAGUCUGGUGUCACAGAGUUAUAAUGAUCCGUCUGAGAUGAAGCCGCCCCACCCUUCCUCCACACCUUCCUCCUCCUCUACCUCCAUGUUCACACCCAAACCUUCGGUGUACCCGGGGGGCCACCCGGGGGGCCAGCACCACUCCUCCAGUGGCUCCCUCCACCCUCUGCAGCCCCACCCUCACCCCAGCAUGUACCUGCCGUACCCCCACCCGUCCCACCCGUCCCACCCGUCCCACGCCUCCAGCCCCGGCCUCAGCCCUCACCUUCCUCCCCAGAUCCACCCCCAGCUCCAGGCUCUGUCCUCCAGAGGGACGGCCCCCCGGCCCAGCGUCCCCCACCACCAGGGGGGUCUGUCUCUGGGCAGCAUGGUGGCGGCCUCCACCCCCCCUCUGCAGGUCAGCCCUCCCCUCCACAGCCAGGCCCACCUGGGGGGUCUGCACAGUCCACACCACCAGAACCACCAGAACAACCACCAGAACCACCACCAGAACCACCAGAACCACCAGAACCACCACCAGAACCACCAGAACCAGCAGCAGCUCAGUGGACUCUCCAUGGGGAUGACACACUCACAGGGCUACCAGCCGUCCCUGCAGUCCGACUACCAGCAGCUGGGAGGAAACAUGCUGAACGCUGGAGGAGUGAUGUCAUCAUCGGUGGACUACCACCAGCUGGGUCGACACAUGCCCAACCACCACCUCAACCACCACCACCCCAACCACCACCAGCACCACCAGCACCACCCCAACCACCACCCGUCUCUGGACUGGACCGCCGAUUACCACGGCAACGGUGCUCUGCAGAGAGACAAACCUCUCUAUCUGAGCUAAUCUCAGGACAAACAGACACCAAACCUUCAGCCCUUCGACUGCCACACCGUGGAACCUCAAGUCUCCUCAGAGCUCUCCAUGAGACCGGACCACCUGGACCACCUGGACCACCUGGUCUUCCUGGACCACCUGGUCCA